AUGGAAGGAGACUUAGAAGAUUGCCUGCUGAGUAAGGCGGACUUGAGGCGCCAGUGGAUUUCCCAGAUGGUGGAAGAGGUGCAGAAAGUUGUCCAUCACCUGACCACAGAAAUAAGCUACCAAGACUUUCGAUUUCAAGCCGUUCCUUACUGUGACACGUACAAUGAGAACAUUAAGGUCUUGGCUCCCACCCAGUUCCUCAUCACAGUCCCGAUGAGAGGCCUGGCCGGGUACAGGGAGGCCCGGCAGCAGCGCUGGCGCUACUACAGCCUGAAGGGCGCCCGUCUGCCCCGCCCCCUGCAGGACCCAGAGGGCCUGCAGCAGUGGCUAGAGGUGGAGCAGUUUCUGAAGAGCCCCGGGCAGUGGCACGAGGCAGACGUCAACAUCGAGGGAGACAUUGUGCCCGCCAAGGUCCUCCAGGUGUUCCGGAAACUGGUCGAAAACGCGAUUGAGACCUGUCACCUGUCAGGCAGGGUCCGCAUGCUAAUGGACCACCUUGUAGUUCGAGUUGUCGUGGAAACCUCUGCAGGUCAGGUGGAACUACAGCUGACCCCCUCCGUGGACAUUCCCACCGCCUGGUCCAAGAAAGCCCAGUGGCCUUCGUGUCUGAAGCGCUGGCCUUCUCCAGAGACAGUACAAUGCAUCAAGUCAUUCGGGUUCAGCUUGCUGGCCUGUUCAAGCUAUCACUGGCAGCUGAGCUUCUUGCGGGCGGAGCAGGUGCUGCUGGAGCAGCUGGACGAGGACGGGGGCUGCCGCCGGAAGUGCUUUCAGGCCCUGAGGCAGAUGAAGGAGGAUGUCUGGUGUCCGGGGACACGGCCUGUGAUCACGUCCUACCACCUGCAGACCGUGCUCUUCUGGACUUGUGAGAAGUACCCCUAUCCCAAGGACUGGCAGGUCUUCACUAGGGGGUUCCUGCGCCUGGUGAGGAAGCUGCACAAGUGUGUGAGUCAGCACUUCCUCAAGCAUUACUUCGUGCGGAAGAGCAACCUCCUGCAGCAUGCCAGUUCCUGCGAGCUGGACGCCCUGGCCCAGACAUUGGCCUUCUUCCUGAAGGACCCCCAGGUCAGCCUGCCCUGA